AUGCCUGAAUGCCUCGAGCCUCGUCGGGCCAAUUUUUGCAGAGGUCAUGUCUUGGAGCGUUCCAUCUACGACAACUUGCUCGACCUUUGCUUCCAGGCCGGAGGGUCCCGGCUGCCAAAACAUGUCACGAAGCGAUCCGCCGAUCCGCCGAUCCGCGAGGUGGGCGACGAAGCUUUCACUGGCGAAGUGCCCGAGGAUGUGCCGGAGGCGCACGCGGAGAUGCGCUUUGAUGCCGUCUACUUCUCCGGUUCAUUUUCCGUCUUGCCUGACCCGCCUGCCGCCCUCAGAGCAGUUCUGCCUCUGAUGAAGCGCAACGGACGCAUCUUCAUAACACAGACCUUCCAGAAGAGAUCUUCGCCUCUGAUGGCCUUCUUGAAGCCUCUGCUGAAGUACAUCACCACCAUCGACUUCGGCCAGCUCGUAACCGAGGAAGACCUUGAGCGACUGAUCUCCAGUGCAGGGUGUUUCGAAGUCCUUGAGAACAAGCCCAUCCCCGGCUCCGUCUCGACCCACCUCCAGACUGCCAGGCUUGUUAUACUGAAGGCGUCUUGA